AUGUCUAUGGCACUACUAAUGAAGAAUAAACUUGGCUUUGUUGAUGGUUCCAUUCUUUGUUCAGCUGAUACAGAUCCCAUGGUUCCUGCAUGGAGGCGUUGCAAUAAUCUGGUUUUAUCUUGGAUCAAUCAUUAUGUUUCUCAUGAGAUUGCUACAAGUAUUAUCUGGGUUGAUUAUGCAAUUACGGCAUGGAAGGAUCUCAAAGAUCAUUUUCUUCAAGGUGAUUCUAUUCGAAUUUCACAAUUGCAUCAAGAUCUUUAUUCAAUUCAUCAAUCUGACCUAAGUGUUACUGCAUAUUACACUAAAAUGAAGAUUCUCUGGGAUGAACUUUGCAAUUUUCGCCCAAUUCCUGAAUGGCAAUCUUUUGCUUUUUAUUGUGUUGUUUCUAAGAAAAUGAAGGAAUAUCGUGAAAAUGAUUGUGUUCUUUGUCUUCUUAGAGGCUUGAAUGAUAAUUACUCUAUUGUCCGCUCUCAAAUCCUUCUCAUGGAUCCCUUGCCUUCUUUACCCAAAUUUUUUUCGAUGAUAAUUCAACAGGUAAACCCUCUCCUGCUAGUGAUUAUGGCCAAGGAAAAUCUUCAUAUCAAGGUUCUCAGGCUCGUUCCUCAAGGGGGAAGGUUUGGUGCACCUCGACAAUGCACUCAUUGUGGUAGGACAAACCACACCAUUGAUACUUGCUUUCUGAUACAUGGCUUACCACCUGGUUUCAAAUCCAAAAGAGUCCACAAUGUUACCACAAAUUCUUCUACAUAG